GCCAUGUCGAGUGCGUUGGAAGAAGCGGUGUCCUUGAUCGCCAGCCAGUCGCCACUCCUCUCGGCGGAGGGCCUCAACAAGCUCAAUCAGCUCACCUUCAAUGCACCGCAUAUGAAGGUUUAUGCAGGACAGAUUGGGGCCAUUGCUGCCAUUGUAGAUGCCAUGAACCGGUCGCAAGAGAAUGGGUCAAUCCAAGAAGAUGGAUGUCGCACUCUUCGCACAGUUGCUUUUCAUUGUGAGGCAAAUUUGAACCUGGUGCAACAUCAAGGAGCUAUUGAUGCCGUCGCGACGGCUUUGCGGUUGCACGGGGCGAAUGAAGCAGUAGUCGCGGAAGGGUUUUGGGCACUGGUUGUCUUCUGCGCCAACCACCUUGGAAACACCCUGGUGGCAAAGGGUCUGGUAAACGUGUCGGAAGUCAUGGCUGCCCAUGCGACGAACGCGGAGAUUCAGAAGAAGGGAACGUUCCUCAACGUGAUAUUUGCUUAAGACGCUAUGUUUCGAACACAAAAGAUGCCCAUCGGUCGCUCUACAUCGUCCCGUAAUGCGUCGUGGUUGUGACGGCUGCGAAUUUCCCGUAAGCUGGGUGCUUCAUGGGCAGGUGCAAUCGAAACACUUCGACGACCAUGAGAAUCGCAGACACGAGCGCAAAGGUGGCGCCGACCUGGAACGAAUUCAUCGUGCCUUCGUCCGAGAAGACCAGGUUGAACGGAUCAAUGAACUGUCCAAUGGAGCACAUAAAUAGGAAGAUGACGGCCACACAGUUCGUGCCUAGUACAUGAACAUGGUAAGAGCCUAAAACGAUCAAUGGAUUGAAACCUACGCA